AUGCCGUAUCACGUUUUGAGUGUAAAGGAAAAACUGGAAAUCAUUCGCACCAUUGAAAAUGGAGCGAAGAAAUCUGCGGUAGCCCGUGAGAAGAACUUGCCUCUGACGACUGUGUGCGGAAUAUGGAACGCUCGCGAAAAGUUGCGGGGCGGCUCAGGCAGCAAUCUGAAGAGGUGCCGCAUCAGAGACUCUGCUUUUCCCGAAGUAGAAAAGGCCCUGCUGCUUUGGUUGAAGAAGGCGCGUAGCAUGAACCUGCCAGUCAGUGGACCCCUUCUGGCUGAGAAAGCGCUAACUUUCGCAGCUCAGCUGAAUUGCACCGGUUUUGCCUGCAGCAACGGCUGGUUGUCGAGAUUUAAAGCUCGCUACAGCAUAGUGGGGAAAGCUGUUUGCGGUGAGGCUGCUGCAGCGGACAAAGAAGGCGCUGAUGAGUGGCAGCACAACGAAUUGCAGGAAGCCUUGGCAGCCUACGAUGCCGCCGACAUUUUCAAUUUUGAUGAGUCGGCACUUUUCUACUGCCUGCUUCCGGACAGGACAUUGGCAUUUAAGAAUGAAAAGUGCACCGGCGGGAAACAUGCCAAAAAUCGGGUAUCGGUCGCUUUCGGCGUCAACAUGACCGGUAGUGAGAAGCUGCCACUGAUGGUGAUCGGCAGGUACGGAAAACCGCGUUGCUUCAAAGGCGCCCGUUUGCCAUCCGAUGUCAUUUACAAGCACAACAAAAAGGCGUGGAUGACUGCUCAGCUGUUCGAGGAGUAUGUGCGCCAGCUGGACCGCCGUUUUGCUGCCAAGAAAAGGAAUGUCCUGAUCGUUCUCGACAAUGCGUCGGUGCAUGUCGAUUUGGACAACCUGACGGCAAUUAAGCUGCUCUUUUUGCCUCCGAACACGACAGCGCUCGCCCAGCCCCUCGAUCAGGGCAUCAUCCGCUCAGUGAAGCAGACGUACCGCAAAAAUCUGCUACGGAGGAUGUUGCUCGUUAUGGAUAGCGGCAAAACGUACACCAUAGACCUACUGGGCACUGUACACCUACUCGCGCACUCAUGGAGGGAGGUCCAGCCGGCAACAAUACAGAAUUGUUUCGCGCGAGCGCAAUUCAAAAUACUUGAAGGCGACGACGACGCGGACGGUGAAGACGCCGAGGACUGCGAGAACCUUUUGGUUGAAGUGCUCGAGCGGCAAGGUGCAGCAGAUGAGGAGGUGAACUUCGGCACCUUCCGAGAUGUCGACGGCGACGUGACCACCUCCCCGGACUUUUCAGACAGCGACAUUGUUGCUGCCGUCGCACCUCGUCCAGCUUCAAGCGAAAGUGAGGAGGACAGCGAUGUCGAAGUGGACGACGGCCCUUCACUAUCCGACGCGGCGCGUGCUGUGGCAUUUUACUUCAAGGCUAACGGUACCACAGACCCCAACAAGAAGAGGGCACACCUGCUGAUGCUGUGUGGUGAGCAGUCGUAUGACACAAUCUGUGCCUUGGUGCAGCCAAGCAGCCCAGCUGAAGUGGCCUACGACGACAUUGUUGCGGCACUUCAGAAACACUAUAACCCGAGGCCAUUCGAGGUCUUCCGCCAAGCUCUCUUCAAACGACGUGACCAGUUGGAAGGAGAGGCGGUAAUGCCGUGGUGCUAA